AUGGCCUUUACGUUGUAUUUGCUGCUGCAGGCAGCCCUGCUCUGCGUCAAUACCAUCACUGUGCUGCACGAGGAGCGCUUCCUCAAGAACAUUGGCUGGGGAGCAGACCAGGGAAUUGGUGGUUUUGGAGAGGAGCCAGGAAUUAAAUCUCAGCUAAUGAACCUUAUUCGAUCUGUAAGAACUGUGAUGAGAGUGCCAUUGAUAAUAAUAAACUCAAUUGCCAUUGUAUUACUUUUAUUAUUUGGGUGAAGAACAGUGGGGGAAAUGGAGACUCAGAAGAAGAGAUGCCAGCAGAAGUUAUUACUUCAGUCAUUAUUGGAAUAUACAUGUCUUAGCUGGUCAUCCUUGCACUUGACAAAAAUGUAAACAUGACAAUAAAGCCAGAGU